UUCAUAUGAAAAUGAAUAUCAACAUUGUUUACAUUUAUUUACUAAGUAUGGGUGUCUAUGCAAAUAUCACAAAUGAUCUGAUUACAGACUACUUUUAUUACAAGAAGGUACCGAAUGUCAUAAGAUAUUCUUGCAGUGAUAAAGAUGAAAAUAUUCUACUAAUGAAGAGUCUGAGUCACCAUGGAAUUUUCGCCGCUACUACCAAAUUAUCCCUUACUACUUCUGUAGAAGCAUUAGCUAAUACAACGCACUAUAAAGUUGGUAUAUUUUUGGAUACUCGUUCGUGCAAUACAUCCCAUAUACUUUUAAUAUUCUCAGAGGCAUCAGCUAAUUUAAUGUAUGGCGAGCUUCAUAACUGGUUGAUAUUAGGAUAUAAUUUAUCACACGUUAUAGAUAUAGUUGAUGAUCGAGUAUUUGGCUUUUCAACAGACUUUGUUAUUGCGAUUUCACCAAAUGAUGAAGAAUAUGAACUCUUUGAUACUUAUAAUUUAGGGUGGGAAUAUGGCAGAAGCUUGAAUAUUACUUUUUUAGGAAGUUGGACGAAAGAAAAUGGAUUGGAAAUAGCUCUAACUCAGACCAGAUUUUUGAGACGUUCAAACUCGCGGGGCCUUAUUCUCCGUGCUGCUUUUUUCAAGACUGUAUACCAACCUCCAGAGAUGUCUGCUGAAGAUUACUUUCAAGACCAUACUCAUGCUGAAAAGGAAAAUUUAUUAAAAUUUGGGUUUAACUUAUUAAGACAUCUUUCAGAUCUAUUGAACUUUGAUUUACAAUGUAUCAUAACACCUGAAUGGCAAACUGGUGACAGUGUUGGUCCUGUAAUUCGUGCCAUAAUUAACAAUAAAGCUGAUAUCAUAGGCAGUCCAAUGGCUAAAAAUAUUCCAAGAACGUACUGGGUAAAAUAUGUGCAUCAAGAUUGGCCAUUCAGAACUUGCUUUAUUUUUCGCAACCCACAACCCAAGUACAUUAAAUUCCAAGAAAUAUUACGACCUUUUGAGGACAGUGUAUGGUACUUCGUGAUAAUAUUUAUAGGAUUGUCCAUUGCGCUUUUAGCAUUUAUUGCAAGAUUAGACUGGAUCGAGUCGAAAUAUAUGAGAUUAUCUCAUGCUUUCUUAGUCACCAUCGGAGCUUUUUGCCAACAAGGCACAAAUAUGGAAAUGGAUCAUAUAUCUACCCGUAUUACUUUUUUCUUUAUAAUGAUAUUUUCUCUACUCACUUAUAAUUACUACUCGGCAGGAGUUGUGUCAGCUCGGUUUAAUGAACCAAUAGUCAAAAUAAAUGAUUCCCUAAGCGAACUUUCCAAGUUGCCUGUAACAGUAGCAUCGGAAUAUAUGACUUACUUCGAUUAUCAUGUUAAAAAAAAUGACUGGGAAAUGAAAAUCUUUUAUGUUAAGCGAUGGUCACUCGUGUCGGAAAAAAAUCGCUUUUUACCACCAGAAGAAGGAUUACCAUUAGUCAAAUUAGGUGGUUUUGCAUAUCAUACGCAUCCAGAUGUUGCAUACCCAUUUAUAGAAAGACAUUUUGAAAAUCGAGAAGUCUGCGAAUUAACAGAAGUAAAUUUUAUACAGCCUAACUGGUCAGGAUUUGCAGUAAGGUUUAAUAGCUCUAUUAUCGAAAUGAGUCGAAUUGGAUUCACAAAAAUAUUGGAAGUUGGAUUGCGUCAUCGCCAAGUAAAGAGAUGGCAAUACAGAAAGCCCGUCUGUAAUUUGGAGAAAUUAAGUGUCUCAAGUGUUGACUUGUAUGAUUUUUCUGCACAGCUUCUGCUUUUAUUAAUCGGGUACAUGAUAUAUGCUGAUGAGAUCCAGGUCUACGUUCAUUGCUUUCCACAUGACAUUCAUGAGGUCAUCAGGAAGGCGCAGCAAGACGUGCAGGUGAUCGCUGAUUGGGCGGUCGCAAAUGGACUCACUCUUAACAUCCUCAAGACCAUGAUCGCUAUAUUGGACAAGGAGUAG